GAACCUCCGUCGUCUCUUUUAUCCUCACUCUUCUCCGUUGGAAGAUCUCAGAGCGACAGGCCAUUUAAUCCACCAUGUCGGAACCCAAUGCAGUUAAGGAGGCUGAGGCCUCCAUGGCCAACCUCUUGCUCGACGAAGUCACUGGCGAGAAGGUUUCUAAGUCCGAAUUGAAGCGCCGCCAGAAGCUCCGUGAGAAGGAAGCCAAGAAGAAGGAGAAGGAGGCUGCUGCCCCUCCGAAGCCCGCGAAGAAGACCUCUGCUGAAGAGGACGAGGCCAACUUGACUCCCAACCAAUACUUCGAAAUCCGCAGCAAGAGAAUCAACAAGUUGCGCGAGACCAAGCAACCCGACCCCUACCCUCACAAGUUCCAAGUCACCGAUGACUUGCGCCAGUUCCUCAAGGACUACGAGCAUCUCGGAAAGGGUGACCAGCUGCCCGACAAGACUGUUCGUAUCGCCGGUAGAAUCUACACCAAGCGUUCCUCCGGCGCCAAGUUGAUUUUCUACGACAUCCGCGCAGAGGGUGUGAAGGUGCAAGUAGUGUGCCAAGCUCAGAACGCUGCCGGCGAUGUCUCCUUCGAGGCUCAGCAUGAGCAUCUCCGGAGAGGUGAUGUUGUUGGUAUUGUCGGCUUCCCUGGUCGCAGUAACCCCAAGAACCGCCCCGAUGGUGAGCUGUCUAUCUUCGCUUCUGAGAUCGUGCUUUUGGCUCCUUGCUUGCACGCUAUCCCCUCCGAGCACUAUGGUUUCCAGGACAAGGAGCAGCGCUUCCGUCAACGUUACCUUGACUUGAUCAUGAACGACCGCUCGCGCAAUGUCUUCGUCACCCGCUCCAAGAUUGUCUCAUAUAUCCGCAACUUCUUUGACACCCGCGACUUCGUCGAGGUCGAAACCCCUAUGAUGAAUGCCAUCGCCGGUGGUGCGACCGCCAAGCCCUUCGUCACUCACCACAACGACCUCGACAUGAACCUGUUCAUGCGUGUGGCUCCCGAGUUGUACCUGAAGAUGCUCAUCGUUGGAGGCCUUGAGCGUGUGUAUGAAAUGGGUCGUCAAUUCCGUAACGAAGGCAUUGACCUUACCCACAACCCCGAAUUCACGACUUGCGAGUUCUACUGGGCUUACGCCGAUGUCUACGAUGUCAUGAACCUGACUGAAGAGCUGGUCUCCGGCCUGGUGAAGCACGUCACCGGCGGUUACGAGACCGUUUUCCAUACCCAGUCUGGCGAGGAAUACAACGUCAACUGGAAGGCUCCCUGGCGCCGCGUGGAGAUGAUCCCAGCCCUCGAGGAGGCCACUGGUGAGAAGUUCCCGUCAGGUGACCAGCUGCACACCGCUGAGACGGGCGAAUUCCUCAAGAAGGUGCUGAAGAAGACCGGCGUUGAGUGCUCUCCCCCAUUGACCAACGCUCGUAUGCUUGACAAACUGGUCGGCGAGUUCAUCGAGGAGACCUGCGUCAACCCAACCUUCAUUACCGGCCACCCCCAGAUGAUGUCGCCUCUUGCCAAGUACCACCGCCAGAACGUGGGUCUCUGCGAGCGUUUUGAGGCCUUCGUCUGCAAGAAGGAGAUCGUCAACGCAUACACUGAGUUGAACGACCCCUUCGAUCAGCGUCUCCGUUUCGAGGAACAGGCCCGCCAGAAGGACCAGGGUGACGACGAGGCUCAGCUCAUCGACGAGAACUUCUGUACUAGCUUGGAAUAUGGUCUGCCCCCCACUGGUGGUUGGGGUAUGGGUAUCGACCGUUUGGUCAUGUUCCUCACCGACAACUAUAGUAUCAAGGAAGUCCUUGCUUUCCCCUUCAUGAAGGAAGACAAGUCGGCAGCCGAGACCAAGACCGCCGCCGAGGUGGUUGGUAUUGAGCCCCAGCCGGAGGAAGGAAUUCCCCACAAAUAAAUUUAUGAACUAUAUGGGAUGAUGGUUUGUUGACGACUUUUUGUUCUGCAC